AUGACCAAUAGUUUGCAUACAUCUUCAAUCCAAGAAGGUCAAACAAGAUUUAUUGACAGUUUAGUUCCUAGAAUAGACGAAGAAUAUGUUAAUUUGAAUAGUUUUAAACAAUUUGAUGAGUUGUUAACACAUUUGGAGAGCUCUUUAUCCCAGUUAGAGAAUAAUAAUAAUUGCUUAUUAGUUAUUCCGUCGAGUAAUAUUUUUAGAAUAUUAUUUACUUUACUGUCUCGGAGCCCCAAUUGUAACUGGACUAUUUCUAAUAGUUUGGGAGACAGUAUCCCAACAACACAUAAGCAAGUUAAGGCUAAUAACGGCUACUACGAAGAGUCAAUAGGCAAACCAACAUUAUGUGCUAGAAGUAAAGAUGUGCUUGAAAAGUAUAUAAACUUGCUACCCAAUGACAAGUUGUAUGAAAAUUUGAAUAGAUUUAUGAUGGAUUUUAUGGAUUUACCCAGAAGAAUGAAAAGAUCCAACUUAGAUACCUAUCAUAAAUCCAAAGAUAUACUAGCCAUAAUACGAGAAUCCCCCAAUAAGAAAUUAAAGCCUGCAACUAAUCACGAGGGGAUGAACAAAUCAAUAGAUAAUAAUGAUAUUAUAGUAAUUAGUGAUUCAGAAGAGGAAGAUGUCAGCAUGCAGCAAGAGGAAAUUAUAAUUGAAUCUGAGGUCAACAAAUUUCUGAAUUUGGGAGCUGAUAUUAACAAUAGUUUUACUGAAAAUAUGAACCAACCGGGAACGAAUGAUUUUGCUCUAUUACUCAAUAAAGAUUUGUCGCCUUCUCCAAAAACACCUCAAUCGCAAGGCAUUCGCAUAUUUGACGAGUCUAUAUUAAGUGCAAGAUUAAAUCCAAAACUAAACAAUUUUGAUUUAUGGAGGUUAGUGAAUUGGAUUUUUUUUUGCAGUGGGAAAUCAAAUGAUGUGUUUGAUUCCACUUACAGAAAUUGCCAUUUAAUUUACACUGCGCAAUCUGCCACAGUUCAUCAACUUUUUAAUGUUAUAGAAUUUAAUUUGAUACAUGAGCUACAAGACACAUUUUCCAUAAAAGAACAACCAUUGACUUGGUUAUUUAAACAAUCAACUGCAAGAAGAUCGCUUGCAAUGGACCAAGUUCUUGAAAAUUCCUCAUUAUUAUUACUGAGCCUUCUAAAACAAUUUGGCCAAUCUAGGAGCAAGUGGUUUGAUAGAUUAGCCGAGUAUGUUUUCAAUGGGCUUACCUCAAGAACAGAUAUAAUACCAGCUACAUGUUAUGAACAUGAAAAAGCCUUAAUCAAAAAAGAUGAAGGUUUAUCACACAAAAGAAAAAGAAAAAAGUAUACAUUUUAUAAUGAUAACAUGGAUUCAAUGAAAUUGAGAUUCAAAAUUUUAAAUAUAGUACAUUAUUGGAGCCUAUUUUUCGAUAAAAAUACCGCUGAUGGAAUCAUCCAUCCUAUAUCCCAAAGUAUAAAUUCGAUUGAAUCCACAAAGUUGAUUGAAGAAAUUGCAAAAAAAUUUAUGUACAUUGAAUAUGAUUAUUGGGUGGAAUUUUAUUAUUCUCUGUUGAUGGAUUCCAAGAUUCCUUUAGUUAUUCGAGAAAUAUUUUUAGUUAACUUAUCAUGCAAGUUGUUGAGUAAUUUGACAAACCCCAAGACAAAUUUUUUCACCUUGAAACCUCGUGACAAUAGAAUUAACAGAAAUUGGAGGUCUGCCAAUUUGCAAUUGAUUCUCCAAUGGAUGGUUCAGGAAGAUUUAUAUAAGGGGUUCAUUGAGGAUGAAAGUUAUCCUUCAUUUGCAUAUUUCAAACAGGCAUGGAACAAGUAUAAUUUUGUUCUUGAAUGGAUGUUCCUGUUUGCAUUACGCGAUGUUGCUGCUGCAGGGUUUGAGAGAGUUUUACGUAGGGAUGAGUUAUUACAAGCAUGUGUUAAAAUUGACAAAAUGAGAGAGCGUAUUUACUUGCACUUUAUUGAAAAGUGCAAUGAAUCAACUAAUUUACCAUUUAAAUUGAGUGCAGAAGAAAUUAAACAAUCAAAAUCUGAACCACAUAAAUGGGAAAAUUUUACCUCAAUAGUCUCGACUAUACUAGUUUAA